CAUAUUGGUUCUCCACGUAUGCCACUACCUGGUGGCGUGCAUUACGGUAAUCAGCAUUAUGAUUUGAAGCAAAUUGUGCCAAAUUCACGGGUCAUCGUUGUGCCACCAAAAGGCGAUGGUAUUCAUUGGCAAAGCAGGCUCUAUCUCACACCCAGCCAGGUACUCUCUUAA